UUCUUAGAACUGAUGUUUUAUGCUGCACGAGUGAAAGAGAUUUCCUAGCUAAGCUACACUGUGUCCGUCAGGCCAUGAACCUGCUACUGCAGUCACCAGAGAACAGAGAAUACCUCAUUGACGCUGGAAGAGAUAUGGUAGUAUCACUACUGAUAAAAUCAGCAUACGAUGCUGGUCCAUUUCUUGAAGCUUACGAUAAUAUCAUUAAGUUUUGUCAAGUACCUGAGAAUUUGAAUAAGACGAACAUCGAACUGUCAGAGAGAGGAGUAGUAUGCAUGAAUAUAUAUGAUAUUGCUUUGGACUUCUUGCUGUUGGAUGCUUUUGAUGACCUGGCUAGUCCUCCUUCAGCAAUGCUGUCAGUGAUACAGAAUGGAUGGAUAUCAGAUGGGAUCAAGCAAAGUAUGUUAAAUACAGCAGUUUGGUCUAUUCUAAAGACUAAGAAGAGUUUAUUAAAAAGUAAGAAUGGGUUCAUGUACCUAUUCUACAGUCUAAGUGAGACCAUUUCCCCCGUCUUUGCAUGGGGUUUUCUCGGAAGUAACAAUCAACUCAACGAGCACUGUCAGCAGUUUAAGGCUACGAUAAUGAAGCUCCUCAUUGCUGUGUUUUCACUGGAGACUGUUAGAUACAGUUCAGCUCAGACUCUAGCCGAUGACAUUAUGCAUCACACGAGAAGAGCUGUCAAUUCUCUUUCUAAUAUCUAGCAUCUUGUGUAUUUUA